CACCGCCACAGCUCAGGCUACGCUGAGGGCAGUAGGGUGCAGCCGCGAGAUCCGGGCGAGGCGAGGCCAGGCCGCGAACAUGUCCUAGGCCAUGGGGCCCCCGGGCCUCUCCCGCCGAUGGUGCCGCCCCGAUGCACGAGCUGCCCGACCUGAGCCACCUGACCGAGGAGGAGAGGAACAUCAUCCUGGCAGUGAUGGACCGGCGGAAGGAGGAGGAGGAGAAGGAAGAAGCCAUGCUCAAGUGUGUUGUCAGGGACAUGGCGAAGCCCGCUGCCUGCAAAACACCAAGAAAUGCUGAAAACCAACCCCACCAGCCUCCGCCGAGAUUGCAUCAACAGUUUGAAAGCUAUAAGGAACAAGUAAGAAAAAUAGGAGAAGAAGCCCGGCGUUACCAGGGAGAGCACAAAGAUGAGGCUCCAACUUGUGGAAUUUGUCGCAGGACAAAGUUUGCCGAUGGGUGCGGCCACCAGUGUUCCUACUGUCACACCAAGUUCUGCGCCCGCUGCGAAGGCCGCCUGUCCCUGCGAUCCAACAGUGUGAGUGUCCCAGGGACAGGAAGGCUCCCCGAGGGCCCAGCCAGGCCCUCUGCCUCCCAGGCCCAGCCCGGAGCACUCCUGCUGGGAGCCAACAGACACAGGCAGAAAUCUGCAUGCUCCUGUGCCCCUCCCUGUCCGCAUGGUGCUCCAAGACUCAUGCCUACUGUAUUAUUCCUAAAAAGAUCCUGCCCUCAGUGUGCAGGGUAAUAGAUGGUUCUUCUUCCAAAGCAAAAGUAGAUUACCUGCAGAGUAACUUUACCCAUGAGAGUAAAUUUAUUUUUAGAAUGUGGUAAAUGGGGAUUUAGCCUCUGAGAAUUAUGAAACUUUUGAAAGUUGUUAUGGCCAAUUCUUCUUAGAAAAAAGAGUUAACUAUGUUUAGUUUCUUCAACAUUAGUUUUCAGUUUGAAUGAAGGUAAUAUGUAGGGCAAAGGAUGUCUGGAAGUUGAACCCAAGAUAAUUUAUUAAGUGACGAUUAGCCUCUAUGACAGUAACUUCACAUUUACUCUCAUGUGAAAGAAAUAUAGUGCUAAAUUUAUUUUAUGGUGAUUAUUUGAAUAUUUAACAAGUAUAUCAAAAUACAUUGUUGUUCUUUUAAAUUUUGAGAUUUGCACUUCUUGUUCUCUUCUCUAUGAGAUAUAUUUUUGCCUGAUACAACUUCCUUGCUUGGCUUAAAUUUAAGCUACUUCUGUGUUUUCACAGGGUUUUAAAUAUAUGAACUUUUUUAUCUUUUAACAUGCUAGUGUAGUAGAACACAAUAUUAUUUAUGAAAUUCUAGGUUAACUAUUUAGUUCACAAUACAUUUUAAUGUUGACUUUAUCAUAUUCCCUAGAUUGCUCUCAUAGAAUUAUUUAUAGAAAAAUCUGGAUGAGUUUUCCUUGAUAUAAAAUUGCAUCAUAAUAUAGACAGUUAUGAUAAUCAGAGACCGAAAAACUUUCCAGUGUUUUUGUAAAGAAUCUUUCAUACUAUUUAAUCAUGUAGAGAAUUUAGCAUAAAGUUAUAUUUUAAAAUAAUAUGAAACCUUUAAGCAGUCAUGAUAUAUUUCUAAUUUGAAAAUCACGGAAGGAAUCUCUCAGUUGACAUGGUAAUCUUUGUUACUUGAGUUUUAAGUAGAUAUUCUCAAGUCACUUUUGAUGGAAUUAAGGUAUUUAGUAUUGACAUAUUUUUAAAUUUAAGAUAAGACUAUUACUAUUGCUGUUGUUUUGAGAAGAUAAUUUCUGUAAACCGCAGCUUAUCUGUAAAACUGGAUAAAAUAUUUACCUUGUAUCAUUGUUAUAAGAAUGAAAUUAAAAUCCAUGUCUAUAAUAUACAUAAUCUUUCUUAGGUUCCAUCCUAUUACAGCAUGAGUUUCAUUUUUCCCUUUCAAAAGUGAUGCAUUAUAGUUCAUCCUGAAGUGAUCUUAAAGCCAUCUAGAGCAAGCUUGGGUAUUGUCUGGCACAUAGAAAGCACACCAGAUAUAUUUGCUAAUUUUCCUUUUUUAGGGUUCUUAAAUAUAUACUUUGGAAUGACUUCUCAUAGGUGAUAUCUUGAGGUGAUACCUACAUAUUUAGCAGGCGAUGUGGAAAGGGUGCAGAUCAGGCUGCAAAGGCUCUGUGUCCUGAGUGAUGAGGUGUAAAGCAGCCGAGUGUGCCUUAUAGCUGAGCCCCAAAGAUGCUGGAUACUUUUAUUCAAAUUCUUUCCAGGUCUGAGGCAAGCCAAUACCAAUACAGUUAGCUGUUGAUAUAUUAAAAUCAUCAGAGUCAAACUCAGGAUUUAAAAAGCAGAGCCUGUUUAAAGAUAGUUGACUUACUUGGGCUUUGAAGAGAACACUCUGCCUAUAGUAGUUCAUCAAUCUUUACUAAACCCAUCCAAAUUUGGAAAAGCUAUUUAAAAGAACAAAAUAAUGGAAGACCUGACUUAAAUUUUUUGUCUUGGGCAUAAGACCAAAAAAAUUGUGUUGUUGGUUUUUCCUAUGACCUUAGUGUUGAAGUAGGUAUCACCAACAACUAUUGUUUUGGAAUAGCCUGUGGCCAAAAUAAUACAUUGCUUUUCCCAUUUUCAUCUGUUAAAACAUUUACCAUUGUUAAAUAGUAAUUUGAUAAAACAAUUUAGGACAAUUUUAUGCAUUUUAAUAAAUUAUUUCUUCUUAAUAAUAAACUACCUGUGGUAGUAAAUUCACUUUUCUGAAGAAUAUUCUAAAUGUAGAUCUACUAAUCUAACUUCUAAAACAUUAGGAAAUUGUUGUGUCCAAGUCAUCUAUAUGACAUGGAGUAGGUCCGAUGUAGACAUUUUUAAUGGAUUUACUUUUCAAAAUAUCUGUUUAACAGUUUGCAGAAACACAUAAUUGUAUUAUUAAAACCAAUUUAUUGACCAAAAAAAAGAAAAGGAAAGCCCAAAAACUGAUGGGUUCACUGCUUAAUUCUACAAAACCUUUAAGGAUUGUAUGUCAUCUAUGCUCCUUGAGGUCUUCAAAAAAUUAAAAAGGAUGUAUGAUAGUUAACUGAAGCAGAAGACUCACCCUGGGUGUGACACCAAUGAAUAGGAUUAUAGCCUGAAUGGAAUAAAAG